AUGAAGCUCUCAGCAACACUCCUAACCUCCAUCCUAGUUACCAGCGCCGCUGCCUUCGACAAAUGGCAGCCAUGGGGCAAACGCGACUACGCCUGCGUAAACGUCUACCAAGGAAUCCCAGACCACUCCACCGUUAAGGCGGGCCAAACAAUCCACCUCCGUUUCAACCGAGAACCAACGACGCACUGCUCGGACCCGCUGAACAAAUACCCCGGCGACGAGUACAGCGUGUGGCUGUACAACAACCCUGUGCGCCACCUGGAUACCAUCUCGUUUGACCAGUCUAUCAAGAUUGUCACUGGGAUCCGCGAGGCUGACGGUGCGGUGGCGGUGAAAAUUCCGGAGCAUUUGCCGAGGGUUAAGAAUGGCGAUGCUUGGUAUUUGAGGUUGGAUACUGACCUGUCCACGGCGCCACAGAUGCCUACGAUUUAUAAUGCUGCGGGACCGUUUACCAUCAAGGCUGCGUAG